AUGGAAUCUUUAUUGAAGCGGCCUGAUAAGGAAGUUGUGGACAACAAUUCAGCUACACCCUCUCUGACAGACAAUACCAAUACCACCAAUAAACCCGAAACAACCACCUCAAACACUUCCUUUUCGAUAGAUAAAGACGGCCUUGAAUACCCAAAUACCGAAAGAACCGACAGCAGUUUUCCACCUAUAAUAAGAAACAAGGACAAAAGUAACACAAGAAACAAGGACAAUAUUGAGUCUGACAACUUCAUAGAUGACUAUUCUUCACAAAAUCCUAUUUUACACCGGUCACAACAGCCGUCUAAUCAACAACCGUCAUUCUUUUUCCCUAACAUCGCUGGUCGCAACAACACAACUUCCAAAGUAACUGAGGGUUCAACCACUCCAACAGACACAGAAGUGGACCCCCAAACACUCCACCCAUCGACGAAUUUGAGCAUAAGCUCGUCGUCUGAAGGGUCUCCGUUUUCUAAACACCUAGACACUGGGACUCUUCUUCCACUGGUGGAGGAGGAAAAAGAUACUUUGGAAAAUAUGGACAAUUUUGAAAUAAAAAGUCGUCAUGUAAAUAAUCCUAAUAGAGACGUACUUUUUCGGAAAUUUGGAGAGGAAAGCGAAAAUCAAUCUAUAACCGAAAAGUUUGAUACAAAAAAUAAAAAAGAAAUAAUAUCACAUCAGAACAAUCUUACUAAUCUUAAUUCCCCGCCCAUAAUCCACGUAUUCGGUCGGACUACACGGACGAUGGGCUUUUUUCCCAGAGGUAGUGAUGAAGAGUCUGACAGUACAACUUAUCAAUCGACAUCAGAUAUCACUCUUCAAGAAACAUCACCUGAACAAUCCCCAUCGACCGUGCAGUCACAAUCGGAUACGGCGUCUUCCCCCCAAUCACCAACCGCUUGGAGAUGGCCAAAACCAUCAUUUAGCCCCAAAUCUAGAGGAGAGUAUUCACGUCCCGGCGAUAACCCAGCAGAUCAUAUAGGUAAAGUCGGCAACACUUGGGCAAAAAAGACAUUAGAACAAUUAAGGAAAUAUCACCAGCGACGCAGUCCCAGUAUAUUAGGCAAAGGUCAUGGAUUUACCGCAUCGCCUCCUUCUAAAGAUCCUUCUCUUCUGCAACAACCAGUAAGUGAUGUAAAGGACACUGCAAAGACGCCUGUUGCUGUCCCUGAACAGCCUUUAGCAACAAUAACUGAAGAGGAUGAAGGCGAUGAUAUCGGUGUAUGGUCUAGUGAGGAGGUUGAUUUGACUGAUUCUGGUAAAGGAGAUAAUCGUGGUUUAUCAACGAAUCCGCCUGUCAUUGGUGUGAGGGUUUCGCCAGAUCACCUAAUCGUUGUUGGAGGUUCUGCCGUAAAACAUAACAGCGUAUCAAACGUAAACAUGCCAAUGUCAUUGCGAAAUCCAAAUAGUUCUUCGUUGGCUAAACACAAUGCCAAAUCUUUAUAUGAAACAAAAUUCACAAUAUCAAACAUUAGUGAUCAACCUCUACGAUAUGAAAUUCUAUGGCCUGCUUUCCGCUUCGAUAUCUCUCCUGCAUAUGGAAUAGUAAUACCAAAAGGCACAACAACAAUUAAGCUAUCAGUUAUGAUGAAACAUCUCGUUGCGGGGUCGAAGAUGGACGAUCCAAGAGACUCUAAAAGUUUUAUAGGAUUUAUUAAAGGGGGAGAAAAAGAUGAGGAUAGGCCUUUGAUGGAUAAAACUUCUAUUAUAAUACGCUGUGAAAAUGGAGACCAUAAAGAGAUUGGCGUCGAUAUUGUUCAGGUUAAGAAGAAGGCAAAAGGGGAAUUGGAACAGGUUAAAGAUAAAAAUAGCAAGGAGGACACAAGGGCGAAUUUCUUGAGUCGAAUAAGCAAGUCUGGUAGGAAAAGCUUAUCUGGCAAGAUGGACGAUUUACUAAAGGUUGCCAAAGCAAGAGCUACAGCAGUGUCAAAGAAGGGAGGUAACAUAGAAGAUAAGUCAAGCAGCAGUAAUUCAAAAGGAAAAUCUACCGUUUCAGCGAGUGGUUCGUCAGGAAAGAUAUCUUCCACCAGAAAAGGCAGCACAUCAAGUACUUUUAAUAGUCGAUCAAGCAGUCCUGAAGGGAAACCGACAGCACGGCGAAGAGUUCUGUCAUCCACUUUGAGUAGCCGACCAAGUACGCCUGAUACAAAUCGAUCGAGACGUGGCCCUUCUCCUGCAUCAAACGCUCGCUCCAGCACUCCUGAUGGACACCGUAAUACUAAUCAAUCGAGCGUAAGGCAGCCUCCGCAAAGGAAGAAUUUUAUCAGUAUUGGCGUCCCGGGAAACGUUUCUUGCACGGCUACAUCCGUGCGUGGGACAUCGCAUGACCAUUUCCGAAUCCAUAACCCAACCAAUAAACCAGUCACAUGGCACUUAACUACUGCUACAAAUGCAUUCCUUAGACGGUCGGAGUCGUCGACUGCGCAAAAAAUUACCGAUGACGUUUUCUUACUAGCAAAAACAAGCGGUUUUCUUCGACCAGGACAGACAGAACGGGUAGAUUACAACUUUCAUCCCUUGUUUGUGGGAACAUAUGUGCAGAACUUUAUGUUGGAAGGUUCCAUGAAUCCUGAUGCGACGGGAGGAGUAGCGGUCCGUAUACAAGGUGAUGGCAAAGAGGACAAUACAGUGCAAGCAGGCGGCGGGACAAGGGAAGCUGAGUUUCAAGUUUCGGAUAGAGAGAUUCGGAUAGCUCCGACCAGAGUCGGAAGGCGUAGAUGUGUCGGAUUUCAGAUUAUCAACCCAUCUGACCAUGUAAUCAAGAUUAGGUGCAAAUGUGAAGCAGUUGCUGGUAGUACCGCUCUAUCUAUUCCCCUCUCAAGCGUUCAAUUGAAGCCGGGCACAAGCUUUACUAUGCCUGUUCGUUUUCUGCCAAAAGAACCUGGCGAGAUUCGUGGAGUUAUUGAACUACGCGCAUUUAGACGCAAUGAAGUGAGGGUAAACAUUGUAGCCGAGGGUAUAAUGGAUCAAUCUUCAGAGACGGCGACUUGA